UACAAAAUAGGAGUCUAUAGGUUGGUAUUACAACAACAGUAGUAGUGAUGGUCCAGUGAAGGCCAGGAAGAGUAAGUAAUGCCGGUGACGCCAACGUAUAGGUGACCACCAAGGUACAUGUUUAGCGCUCUCGUGAAGUUAGCUUACGUUGCCUCUCUGCAAAGACCAUCUUCAUCAAGCUCGGGGAAGAGAAACUGUGUUUCAGCAAAGUGGAUCAAAACUCUACCGGAGGGCGGGCGCAUUAUCUUGCUUUCCCAUUGGCCCUUUCGAUUUUCACUCAGCUGCGAGUCAUCCAUGACGCAUGCGCGUAGCCUGCUUCCGGCCUGGGGGCGCGGUGUUCCUGCCUUUACAGCCCGUGUGGAAUUCUUGCCCCAGUUUCCUAGGCCUGCUUUUGCUUUGCGUCAUGGCUCCAGACUCGGGUCCCUGCCCCGAAGGGCAGCUUUUAAAGCUGCUGCCGGUGGAUGCCAGGGAUCGGGGUACUCAGCGCUGCCGCCUAGGCCCGGCCGCCCUCCGCACUUUGGGCGCGCACUUGGGCUCGGCGGUGAGGAUCACGCUGCCCGAUGGCGGCUCCUGCCUCUGCACUGCCUGGCCGCGGCGGGAUGGAGCGGACGCCUUCGUGCAGCUGGACCUGCAGUGCGCGAGCCCGGGGGCGACAAUGGGGAUGUCGGGGUCCGGGAGGACUCUCCAUCUAAGCAGCCUCCACGUGGUGCCUUGUCCGCCCCUGCGGCGCCUCGCCGUGUGGCCGGUGUUGCGAGAGCGGGCGGGCGCGCCGGGCGCCCCGAGUCCAGCCGUGGUGCUGGAGGCUGCGCAGGAGCUGCUGAGGAACCGGCCUGUCUCCCAGGGCCACGUGGUGGCCGCUCCACCUGGUGACCCAGGUCCCGUGGCCGCCCUACACAUCGUCAGCGGGGCGCCGCACCCCUACCCGGCGGGGCUGGUCACCCCUCAAACUCGCAUCGCCCUCAGCGGGGAGCCGCGGUCGGAAGCGGAGCCGCGGUCCGAGGUGACCCUGGGGGGCCUUUCGGAGGCGGCCGCCUCGCUGCGGGAGCUCCUCCGCCUGCCGCUCCACUACCCGUGCGCCCUAGCCGCGCUGGGGCUGGCAGUGCCCCGCGGGGUGCUCCUGGCGGGGCCCCCCGGAGUGGGCAAGACCCAGCUGGUGCGGGCGGUGGCCCGGGAGGCGGGCGCGGAGCUGCUGGCGGCGAGCGCUCCUGAGCUGCAGGGCGCGCGGCCCGGGGAGACCGAGGAGAACGUGCGGCGGCUCUUCCAGCGCGCCUGGGAACUGGCCCGCCGCGGGCCCAGCCUCGUCUUCCUGGACGAGUUGGACGCCCUGUGUCCCCGGCGGGGCGGCCCUCACCGAGCCUCCGAGAGCCGCGUGGUGGCCCAAGUGUUGACGCUGCUGGAUGGCAUGGCCGGGGACCGCGAGGUGGUGGUCGUGGGAGCCACCAACCGGCCGGACGCCCUGGACCCUGCGCUGCGCAGACCUGGGAGAUUUGACCGAGAGGUUGUCAUUGGGACUCCCACACUUACCCAAAGAAAGGCAAUUCUGCAAGUGGUUACCUCAAAGAUGCCCGUCUCCAGUCAUGUUGAUUUGGAUCUCCUUGCAGAAAUGACAGUUGGCUAUGUUGGCGCUGACCUGACAGCACUCUGUAGGGAGGCGGCCAUGCACGCCUUCCUUCACAGUGAGAAGAAUCAAGACAAUCCUAUAAUUGAUGAAACAGAUUUCUUUCAAGCUUUUAAAAAGAUUCAGCCCUCAUCAUUUAGAAGUGUCAUUGGACUGAUGGACAUCAAGCCUAUUGGCUGAGAGAUUGGUGGCCUUGAAGAUGUGAAACUGAAGCUAAAACAGAGCAUUGAGUGGCCUCUGAAAUUCCCUCAGGAAUUUGUUAGGAUGGGUCUGACACCACCAAAGGGGCUUCUGCUCUAUGGGCCCCCUGGAUGUGCUAAAACUACCCUGGUGAGGGCACUGGCUACAAGCUGUCACUGCUCUUUUGUUUCAGUGAGCGGAGCUGAUCUCUUUUCACCUUUUGUUGGAGAAUCAGAAAAAGUCUUGUCUCAGGUAUUUCGACAAGCAAGAGCAAAUACUCCAGCAAUUGUGUUUUUGGAUGAAAUUGACUCAAUCUUGGGGUCUCGCUCAGUCAGCAACUCAGGAUGUGAUGUUCAAGAGCGAGUUCUUUCUGUUCUCCUGAAUGAGUUAGAUGGUGUGGGCCUUAAGACAAUAGAGAGAAGAGGAAGUAAAUCAGAUCAACAGGAGUUUCAAGAAGUUUUUAAUCGAUAUGUCAUGAUUGUUGCUGCAACAAAUAGGCCUGAUGUGCUAGAUGAGGCCUUGUUACGACCUGGAAGAUUAGAUAAAGUGAUCUAUAUUCCCCCUCCAGAUCAAAAGAGCAGGCUUUCUAUUUUACAAGUCUGUACACAAAAUAUGCCACUGGGGCCUGAUGUUUCCUUAGAAAACCUAGCAGCAGAAACCUGUUUUUUCUCUGGAGCUGAUCUUAAAAAUCUCUGCAAAGAAGCUGCCUUGCUGGCUCUGCAGGAAGAUGGGCUGGAAGCAAAUGCAGUGGAGCAACAACACUUCUUGAAGUCACUCAAGACUGUGAGACCGUCCCUAAGCCAGAAGGACUUGACCUCAUAUGAAAACUUAUUUAAGAGAGAAGGGUUUUCUAAUUUGGAAGAUAUUUAAAAAUUACAUCUAUGUUGAGUUGUUCACAUUAAUUGAAACGUAAA